AUGAAGGUUGCUCUUGCAGGUGCCACAGGCAAUCUUGGCCUCCCAAUUCUCAAAGCUCUCCUCGAUGCUGACCUCCUUGUGACGGUCCUAUCUCGAACCACCGGAAAGUCACCUUCACCAACUCCCCACCCCAAUCUUGUCGUCAAGAAGGUCGACUUUGACUCGGUUCCAGACCUGAAGCAAGCUCUUGAAGGUGUCGAGGUUGUCGUUUCCUGCCUUGCUACGGUUGCCAUCGGAAGCCAGAACCCUCUCAUAGACGCUGCCGAGGCCGCGGGCGUGAAGCGCUUCAUCCCUGCCGAGUUUGGGAUGGACUCUCUCAAUCCGCUGUGUGCCGAACUGCCGGUUUGCAAACCAAAAGUCAGCACACAGGCGUAUCUUCUUGAGAAGCAUAAGUCGAACCCCAAUUUUACCUGGACUAGUGUCGCCAACGGCCUCUUCCUUGACUGGGGUAUGGAGGUUGGGUUUAUCAUUGACCCGCGCAGCCGCACCGCGACGCUCUACAACGGCGGCAACGUGCCGUUCAGCGUGACACUCCUUGCGGACAUAGCCAAGGCGGUUCUUGGUAUCAUCAAUAACCAAGCAAAGACGAUCAAUCGGGUUGUUUAUAUCCAUUCCACGGUCACGACCCAGAACAAGCUGAUCCAGUAUGCAAAAGAAAAAGACGGUAGAGAGUGGACUACCGCUGCCAAGUCUACUACUCAGGUCCUAGAGGAGAGUUUGGCUGAGAUGGACAGGGCUGCGCAGGGAAAUGGGGAUCUUGCUGCUGCCAUGGUCGGGUUUUCUGCUUGUGGGAUGUGGGAUCCCGAGUACGGCUGCGACUUUUCUGAUCGUCUUGAUAAUGAGGUUCUGGGAAUCCGAGAGCUUGGCGAGCCUGACCUGAAGAAGCUGGUUCAGAGCUUUGUGGUGGAGUAA